CGCUGCCCGCUGGCAGCGGCCAACCCGUGACCAGUGUCUAAAAACCGGGAAACCUAAAUGUGCUUAGUGCUUGUGAUUUUUUUUCCCUUCGUUAUUUUCGUAAUAGUAUAUUGCGCAUUUGUGAUUACAGAAAUGGACACAGGAACGCUUUAAGAUAGAAGGGAAAUAACAUUUCACAGGCAGGUAUAAAAUCAAAUUUAAAAACCAUGAGAAAUAAAAUAGAGAAACUGAGGUUGAUGCUGAUCAUCUGCGUCUUCUGGGCAAAGUACAAGGUCACCAGCGUUCAUGGCAACAACAACAACGACAACAACAACAACAACGGCGGUAUGAUUGACUGCGACGAUUUCGCAGAAAAAGAAAAGCAGGAAUGUCACGCUCAGCAGUUCCUCAAACUCGCGAGGAAGGGGAAAUUCGCCGACGUUCGCCAUAAACUUCGCAAAGACAGUGUCAACAAGAAUUAUUUAUUGGCAUAUACAGAAAAACUUGGUCUUCAAAAAGGAUACACCGGAUUGCUUUGGGCAGCCCACAACAACGACACAGCAAUGGUCAACUUCCUGGUCGACGAGGGCUCCCUCGUCUCUCGUGCCAGCGCUUCUGGUUAUACGGCGCUAUAUUACAUGGCAGAGCACGGCAACAAGGAGGCAGUUGACAUGCUUCUCAGGCAGGGAGCCAAGGUGGACGCGCCUCUUUACAAUGGUUUCACCCCGAUGCUAAUAGCAACAGAAAAGGGAUUCUCCUCUAUAGUGAAAGCUCUCUUGGACAAAGGUGCCAAUCCUAAUGUCGAAUCAUUAAAAACAGGUCUCACCCCGAUCUUGCUAGCUGCAGAGGACGGAAGCACCGAUAUUGUCAAACUUCUUUUGGACAAAGGAGCAGACCCGAAUACCAAGUCCGAAACUAGAGGAUUUUUCCCGCUUUACUUUGCCGCCAAAAUGGGGAAUUUGGUGAUGGUCAAUCUUCUCCUGAAAGCGAAGGCCGAUGUCAACUAUCAAACUUUAAACGGCGAAACUGCUCUAAUUGCGGCAACUGCCUGGGGUCGGGAGUCAAUAGUUAAUAUCCUGCUGGGAGCCUCUGCUGAUCCAAACAUCGUUGAUAAUUUAAAAACGGGCGCACUCCACAGAGCAGCCUAUUACGGUUACAUUCCCAUCCUUAAGAAACUCAUUGAGAAAAAAGCAAACGUGAAUGCCCAGAACGUUGAAGGACGGACCCCUCUGCAUUUCUGCGCCAAGGGAGCACAAACAAGUACCCUUGAAGAACUUCUCAAGUCUUGUCCCGACGACAGGGUCAGAGACAUGAACGGUAAAACUGCUCUGGAGCUAGCAAAGACUGAAGAGGAGAAGUUGAUGAAGAAAAGAAGUAAAACAAGGAGAACGCGCACUAUGCUAGAAGGCCUUCGAACCUUCAUUCCCAAGUUAAGCGGAUUCACCAACAAAACUUGCGGCACGAUUAAGAACAGAAGCUGAAGGUAAACCAGGGUCAGAUGUAUCCUAGAACUCCACAGAAGAACUAUUCAAGUAGUACUAAUCGGAAGUUACAUUAAGUAAUGAGUUUGGAGUAAAAUCCUAUUUAAAGUACUGAAUCUCUUCGAGGUGAAAUGAAAUACUAUAUUGUUGAAAUUUGUGCUUUUUCAAAGCGGAUUAAUAAAACAUAUCUAGUAUUUAGUGUGAACGUC